GAGAUUAAAGCUGGAGAGUGAGAUUGGGAGAGAAGUGAGAGAAAGAGGAGAGAGAAAGAGGAGAGAGAGUAAGAGAGCUUUCCGCCACCAUGGCAACCUUUGCAAAGCCAGAGAACGCUCUCAAGCGAGCUGAAGAGUUAAUGAAUGUGGGACAGAAGCAAGCUGCAUUGCAAGCGCUUCAUGAUCUGAUCACUUCAAAGAGGUACAGAGCAUGGCAAAAGACCCUUGAGAGGAUUAUGUUCAAGUAUGUAGAACUCUGUGUUGAUAUGAGAAGGGGGAGAUUUGCCAAGGAUGGUUUGAUUCAGUAUCGUAUAGUGUGUCAGCAAGUGAAUGUUAGCUCUUUGGAAGAGGUGAUAAAGCACUUCUUGCAUCUCUCAACUGAAAGAGCUGAACAAGCGCAAAGCCAGGCUCAAGCCCUGGAAGAUGCUCUGGAUGUUGACGACUUGGAGGCAGAGAAAAGGCCAGAAGAUUUGAUGGUAAGCUAUGUCAGUGGUGAGAAAGGGAAAGAUAGGUCAGACCGGGAGCUUGUAACACCAUGGUUCAAAUUCUUAUGGGAAACCUACAGGACAGUGCUUGAAAUUCUCCGGAAUAACUCAAAAUUGGAGACACUAUACGCUAUGACAGCACACCGGGCCUUUCAGUUCUGCAAGCAGUACAAACGGACAACAGAAUUCCGCAGGCUGUGUGAGAUUAUACGUAAUCAUUUGGCUAAUCUUAACAAGUACAGAGAUCAAAGGGACAGGCCAGAUUUAUCUGCCCCUGAAAGCUUACAGCUAUAUCUUGACACCAGAUUUGAUCAACUCAAGAUUGCAACCGAGCUUGAACUUUGGCAGGAAGCAUUUCGUUCAGUUGAAGAUAUUCAUGGAUUGAUGUGCAUGGUUAAGAAAACCCCGAAGCCUUCUUUGAUGGCUGUUUACUAUGCUAAGCUGACAGAAAUUUUUUGGGUGUCAGAAAGUCAUCUAUACCAUGCAUAUGCAUGGUACAAGCUUUAUGCACUCCAAAAGAGCUAUAAUAAAAACUUAGCUCAAAAGGAUUUGCAAUUAAUGGCAUCCUCAGUUUUGCUUGCCGCGCUGUCAGUGACCCCUUACGAUCACAAGCAUGGUGCAGCACAUUUUGAACUAGAAAAUGAGAAAGAUCGCAGUUUAAGGAUAGCUAGCCUUCUAGGGUUUAAUCUUGACCCUAAACGAGAUAGUAGAGAAGUGCUUUCCCGCUCAGCUCUUCUUGCGGAAUUGGCAUCCAAAGGUGUGAUGACUUAUGUUCCUCAGGAAGUAAAAGAUCUGUAUCAUCUACUGGAGAAUGAGUUUCACCCAUUAGAUCUUGCAGCAAAAGUUCAGCCUUUGUUGGGCAAGCUUGCCAAGCUUGGUGACAAGCUGUCUUCAGCUUCACCCAUUCCAGAGGUGCAGCUAGCGCAAUAUGUUCCUGCAUUGGAAAAGCUCACUACGCUGAGAGUGCUGCAGCAGGCAUCACAGGUGUUCCAGACAAUGAAGAUUGAGGUCCUGUCAAAGAUGAUACCAUUUUUUGAUUUUUCUGUGGUGGAAAAGGUUUCUGUUGAUGCUGUCAAAUAUAACUUUAUAGCAAUGAAAGUCGACCAUUUGAAGGGUAUAGUUCUCUUUGGUAGCAUGGAUCUUGAAUCUGAUAGGCUGCGAAAUCACUUAACCGUCCUUGCAAAGCGUCUCAACAAAGCAAGAAGCCUUAUCAAUCCACCAGUCCAGAAUGUGUCCAAACUGAAUGGGAUGCUGCCUGCAUUGCAAGAAGCUGUAGACAAGGAGCACAAGAAGCUUCUUGCCCGUAAAGUUAUAAUCGAGAAACGUAAGGAAGAACAAGAGCGGCAAAUGUUGGAAAUGGAACGUGAGGAGGAAUCAAAGAGAUUAAAAUUGCAGAAGAUAUCAGAGGAGGCAGAACAAAAGAGACUUGCUUCUGAAUAUUCCAGGAGGGAGGAGCAAAGGAUUCGAAGAGAAAUAGAGGAGAAAGAACUGGAAGAAGCUCAGGUUUUGCUUCAAGAAGCAGAGAGACGUAAAGGAAAGAAAGGAAAGAAGCCAGUUAUUGAAGGGGAGAAAGUUACAAAGCAAUCCCUUCUUGAGUUGGCUUUAAGCGAACAGCUCAAAGAGCGGCAGGAAAUGGAAAGGAAGCUGCAGAAAAUGGCUAAAACUAUGGACCAUAUGGAAAGGGCAAAGAGGGAAGAAGAGGUCCCACUAGUUUUGGCUGCAUAUCAACAACGUUUGGUGGAUGACAAGAUUCUCUUUGAGGACGAGCAAAAGCAAGCGACUGAGCAGAGUAGGCAGCAACAUGAUGGAGACCUCCAGCACAAAGCCAAACUCUUGCGCAUGCUGGAUGACAAGACUUCUUUUGGUAAUAUGGUUGUGAGCCGGCGCAAGGAUGAAUUUGAGAGAUUGCAGCAGGAGAGAGAGGAGCAUACUGCAAGGCUGCGAGCAAUGCGAAAGCAGGAGAUAGAGAGGAAGAGGAAGAUUGCGUAUUAUCUGCAAGAGGAGGAGAAAAGGCUUAUCAAGUUGAAAGAAGAGGAGGAAGCUCGUAAACAUGAAGAGGAAGAGAGGAGAAAGAAAGAAGAAGCAGCGCGUAAGGCCAAGCUUGAUGAGAUCGCUGCCAAGCAGCGGCAGCGUGAGCUUGAGAUUGAGGAGAGGGACCGGCAACAGAGAGAAGCCCUUACCCGAAGCACCAGCAGACCCUCAUCCUCCACUGUGCCACCAUUUGCUGCUAGUGCCCCUGAGGACCCCCCACCCGCUCGUGGGCCUACUGAGCCCCCCGCAAAGCCCGCUGAGCCCAGUGCAGGCAGGUAUGUCCUCCCUCGGUUCCGCCGUGAGCCAGUGGCAACCACCCCUUCAACGGCAGCCCCUGAGCCCGACAGGUGGGGGUCCAGAAACGAUGAUAGGAGGCCGCCUGGUUCCUCAUUUAGCAGUUCUCGGCCCACUGAUAGGUACCGCCCUCCUCGAUCCAAUUAUUGAGAAGGGUGUGGAUUGGUGGCUGCCUUGCUGGGUGGCGUAAUGAGCUGUGGCCACUUGUAUGGUCAUGAUUCAUUGGGGGGACCAAAUGGGUGGUGGUGAUGCAUCCACUUGGUGGGCGGUCUCAGUCUCGGUUUCGUGAUUGGAUGGUGGGAUGGAUGUCCUUGGAUUUAUUGCUUGAUUUUACUCGGUAAUUUUUUUCACCUCUUUUGACUUUUGAGAUGUGAGAGUAUAAGACUCGUUUGAGGUAAUAGAGGAAAUAGAUAGGAGUUUUGUAAUGUAAGGAACUAAAGAUGGAAAUAUUGAGUAAAAUUGAUGCUGAGCUGUUCCUUGUGGUGA